UACCCGUACUGGUGGGCGCUCCCCCUCGCGCCCUACGGGAGCAAGGCCACCGCGAUGAACGAGGUGGUGCCCGGGCAGGUGUGGACGUUCGACCAGCUGCAGGGUCUGCUGGACGUGCUCGUGAACGUGAGGAUGACGGUUGUGGCGCUCGCAAACGGGGGCCUGUGGGUGCACAACCCGGUGGCGCCGACGCAGGAGCUCAUGGACAUGCUCGCGCCCAUCGUCGCCAAGCACGGUCCGGUCAAGCACAUCGUGGUGGGCAGCGCCGCGAUCGAGCACAAAAUCUACUCCGGACCCUUCAGCAAGAAGUUCCCAGCCGCCGACGUCUGGGUCCCGCAGAAGAACUGGACCUUCCCGGUGGACGUCCCCAUCGACGCGUACGUUCCGUACUACCCCAGGGGAUCGCCCAAGUACCUCCCGCUGGAUUCCAGCUCGGGCAUCGGCGCCGUGCCGUGGGCGGACGAGAUCGAGCACUACACCCUGGAGGUUGGAGGGAGCUCGCUGAGAAACUUUAAGGACCCGUGGUUCGUCGACACCGCGUUUUAUCACAAGAGGUCCAAGACGAUGCUGGUCACCGACGUGGUGCUGCACGUGUCGCAGGACCCGGUGCCGGUGGCGGUCAUCGAACCGGAACCCCUGCUGGUGAGGGGCAUGAACGGACCGGACCAGAUGCUGCCCAACACCAGGGAGGCGAGGUCGAUGGGCUGGGGCAAGACGGUGCUGUUCGGCCUUCUGUUCAACCCCACCGCGGUUGACGUCAGGAUCAACCCGCUGAGCGUGAACAAGUCCUUCCUGGACGGGUUCUACUGGGAGCCCAAGUGGAAGGACGCGUUCAAGAACCUGACGGACAAGGACAUGUUCGUGCCGCCGAUCCUUCACACCCUGGCGUUCCCGCGGCGCAGGGACGAGGUGAAGCGGUGGGCGGAGAGCGUCGCGGCGUGGGACUUUGAGCGGAUCAUCCCGGGCCACCUGGACGGUCCCAUCGACGCCACGCCCAAGCAGUUCGCGGCGGCGAUCGAC